CUCGACGACAACUACGAAUCGACAACUUCUCGCCGCUUCGAAAUCGAUCAAAAUGGUAAGCUAUCAAUGUUUUUGACUGUCUUUUUAAUGAAAUAAUACGACUCGCCAUCAGCUCUCGUACCUCUACGAGCAAUCGCACGUCGAGAUGCAAUUUUCAAUCAAAUUACCUUUCAAGGUUUUUGAUUUUGAUUUGGCUUGAGCUAUGUUCUGUGUAGAAAUACCAGAUGUAGUCUCUUUAGAGUUCAAAGAAGACACUUGGUGAACACUCGCUGAUGUCUACUUUUCUCAAUGACAGCCUCCAAGUCCGGAAAGAAGGCGGCGCCAGCCCCAUUCCCCCAGUCCAAAGCUGGUGCGGGAUCAAAGAAGGCAGCCAAGAACCCUCUCAUCGAGAAGCGUACCCGUAACUUCGGUAUCGGUCAAGACAUCCAGCCCAGAAGAAAUCUUUCCCGUAUGGUGAAGUGGCCCGAGUAUGUCCGUCUUCAACGCCAAAAGAAGAUCUUGAACAUGAGAUUGAAGGUCCCACCUGCGAUUGCUCAAUUCCAACACGUUCUCGACCGCAACACCGCCGCCCAAGCCCUCAAGCUCCUCAACAAGUACCGCCCAGAGACCAAGCCUGAGAAGAAGGAGCGUCUCUUGAAGGAGGCUACCGCCAUCAAGGAGGGAAAGAAGAAGGAAGACGUUAGCAAGAAGCCAUACGCCGUCAAGUACGGUCUUAACCACGUUGUUGGUUUGAUCGAAGCCAAGAAGGCCUCUUUGGUCCUCAUCCCUAACGAUGUUGACCCAAUUGAGUUGGUUAUCUUCCUUCCAGCUUUGUGCAAGAAGAUGGGUGUCCCAUACGCCAUCAUCAAGGGUAAGGCCAGACUCGGCACGGUCGUUCACAAGAAGACCGCUGCUGUUCUCGCCCUUACUGAGGUUCGCUCCGAGGACAAGUCCGAGUUGUCGAAAUUGGUUCAAGCCAUCAAGGAGGGACAUGAUGAGACCGCUACCAGACACUGGGGAGGUGGAAUCAUGGGUGCCAAGGCUAACGCCCGCACUGAGAAGAAGCGCAAGGCCCUUGAGAGCGCUAUCAAGAUCUAAAUAUGAUCAUAUAGUGACUUUUACUUCCGGCGUUUUUUUAUGAUAUUAUGGCAUGGCAGGGACACUUAGCUAGGCAAGCAGCUUAAGAAUUCAAAAUAUGAAGGCUGUAUGAUACCAUAAUUUAUUUGACUUUUUGAUUUUGUUCAAACA